CAUUUAUUCCCUCAGCCACUGCUUCGAAUCGAAUCGUCACACGGCAAGCUUCAAGCGAAAGUACUGCAACAUGGCAAGUUACUUCUCCAGCACCUCUAUGGCCGGUAGAUCCUCCAGGUCGAGCCGAGUCUCAAGUUCUUCUCGUGCCAUCAGCGUUUACGGAGGAGCGGGAAGUUCGGAUGUGCGGAUCUCCGCCGCACCUGUCAGUUUCAUGCAGGUCUCUUACAGCUCCAUGGGCUCAGAUGACUCUGCAGUCAUCGGAAACGAGAAGCUGACGAUGCAGAACCUGAAUGACCGUCUGGCCGCCUACCUGGCAAAGGUACACAUUCUGGAGAAGGCCAACGCUGAACUGGAGCUCAAGAUCCGCCAGUUCCUAGACAGCAAAGCAUCACCCAAGGCCCGAGACUACUCCGCCUACUUCGCCACCAUCAGUGACCUGCAGAACAAGAUCUACGCGGCUAUCCAUCUGAAGGGAGGAGUGCUCCUCAGCAUGGAGAACUCACGCCUGGCCUCAGAGGACUUCAGGAUUAAGUUCGAGCACGAGUUGAUGAUGCGUCACACGGUGGAAGGUGACAUCGCCGGGAUGAAGCGGCUGCUGGACGAUCUCAAAUUGUCCAAGCAGGACCUGGCGCUGCAGCUGGAAGGCCUGAAGGAGGAACUCGCCUUCCUCAAAAAGAACCAUGAGGAGGAGAUGUCGCUGGCGCGUCAGCAUAUGGGUGGGCAGGUGAACGUGGAGGUCGACGCCGUGCCUCAAGCAGACCUCACUAAAGUCCUGGCAGAAAUUCGUGAACAAUACGAAACAGUCACUGAGAAAAACAAGAGAGAGCUGGAAGCCUGGUUCAAAUCCAAGACAGAGACUCUGAAACACGAGGUGGUCACUCAAACUGAGACCCUGCAGACGUCUCAAAGUGAAAUCAAGAGCCUAAAAUCCCGUCUGCAGGCUCUGGAGAUCGAGCUGCAGUCCCAGAUGUCCAUGAAAGCGUCGUUGGAAAGCACGCUGAGUGAAACCAGGUCACGUUACUCCAUGCGUCUGUCUGCAUACCAAACACAGGUGACGAGUCUGGAGGAGCAACUGCAGCAGCUUCGUGCUGAUCUCGCUCGCCAGUCUCAGGAGUAUCAGAUGCUGCUGGACAUCAAGACCAGACUGGAGAUGGAGAUCGCCGAGUACAGGAGACUGCUGGACGGAGAAGCCUCCAGCAGUACGAAGACAACAUCCAGCAGCACUUCGAGGACUAAGGUGAUCACAGUGGUGGAGGAGGUGGUGGACGGGAAGGUGAUCUCCUCUUCACAAUCAACCAUCCUUAAAAAAUGAAGCUGGGAUUCAGACACAGAGCUCCAGAGCGCCCUCGUGUGCCCGCGAGAAACACCACACGAUCUGAGCUGAAUAAACACUGCAACUCACUGCAACUCA